AUGUCGUUUUUAAAAAGAAAAAGUGAAUCUUUAUUGCGCAAAUUAAAUUUAACACCACUCAGUGUGGAGAAAAUCCAUUCCAUGGAUCAUGCCGAGUUGUCAAUCAGAUUGGAACAACUUGAUCGCAUGCAACAUCAAUUUGAUUUAACGCAAUCUCAAUUGGAGGAAGAGGAUGAAUUUACACCCGCUUUCAUACGAAUUAAGGCAGCAUUUACAAGGGAGUUGAACAAGCUGGACCCAUUAAUGUCAUCCACGAGAAAUCCAACACUACAUGAGCAGCCAUCUGUCAUCGUUAUGAAACAACCAAAGUCUCGUCUACCGCAGUUGCAGUUACCAUCUUUUGGAGGUGCAUACAUUGAGUGGCCGAACUUUUUUGGCAUGUUUCAGACAGUUGUUCAUAAUGACACGGAUUUAUCAAAUUUGGAGAAGCUCCAGCAUCUUCGAUCAUGCCUAAAGGAUGCUGCGAUUGCCACCAUUCAAUCACUUGAGAUGCGUGAUGAAAAUUAUACAAUCGCAAUAAAUUUACUUUGUCAAAGAUUCGAUAAUCGACGUUUAAUAUUUCAGGCACAUAUUCAAGAGCUUUUCGGAUUACAGAGAGUGAGCGUUGACAAGAAAUCAGGUGAGCUACGAGCGCUAGUAUCACAUGUUCGAGCCUUGCAUUCGUUGGGUACCUUCGAGCAAAUAGCAGAUUGCUUGCUACAAUACAUCGCUGCACAGAAAUUGGAUGCCGAAACUCAUGCAUUGUGGGAAGAGAAGGUUCCGACUGGCGAGUUGCCCUCGUGGACGGAUAUGGUCAGUUUCUUACAAAGGAGAUGUCAAACAAUUGAGAACAUGACUCAUGCUAUGGUAACGAAAACACCUAGCACACAGGUGAGCAAUACUAAGUAUCGUAAAAAUGCAUUUGUCAUUUCAAAGAGUACUCCAAAAGGUUGUGCAAUUUGUCACAAACACGACCACUUAGUCUACUCGUGUCCUUUGUUUGCAAACCUAAGUCCUAACGAUAGGUGGAAAGAAGCCAAAAAGGCGCAGAUAUGUAUUAAUUGUCUCAAAUUAGGACAUCAGGCGCAUCAAUGCAAAUCGUCGACAUGUCGUCGUUGCUCAUUGAAACAUCAUACUAUGCUGCAUUUCAAUCACAUUCACCACUCAACACCUGGUCCAUCAGUAACCUCACCUAGUCCACCACAGCCAGCCGCUCUCGUCACUAGGACAUCGAAUUUUCGCUUACCCUCAACUCAGUCACGCUCUUGUACAACUGAAUGUGUGCUACUGGCAACCGCCAUUGUCUUCGUUCGCAACAGUGUUGGAUCGCUUGUACCAUGUCGUGCGAUCCUCGAUUCUGCUUCACAAGUUAACUUUAUAACAACGAGACUUGCAAAUCAAUUACAACUCAAGAGAUCCAAAUCAUCUUUAUCAGUUUCGGGUAUUGGAGAUUCAGGAUUCAUCGUCAAUUCCAUCGUCAACGUUACGGUUCAGUCCGCACAAAACAGCUUCACUGCAAAUUUGGAAUCUGCUAUAACUCCAACAAUCACCGAUUAUCAACCAAAUCAUCCACUUGAAGUUAGUGAUUGGGAUGUUCCAGCAAACAUCAACCUAGCCGAUCCUGAGUUUUAUAAGCCUCAACGUGUGGACCUCCUCAUCGGUGCAAGUAUAUUUUUCGAUUUAUUGUGCAUUGGCCAAAUUCGUUUAAAAAAUAAUUAUAUUCUCCAAAAAACUUGUUUUGGAUGGAUCGUAUCUGGUGGUCAAAACGUAUCAUCAAAGCUAUCAUCAUACACAGCUUCAACAACUCUCGCUGAGUAUGACACAGCUCAACCGUCUACCAACGAGAUACUUCGACCGUUUUGGGAAAUAGAUAAUAGCUUUGAGCCCAUCAGAAUGACAACAAGAGAGGAAAUCGAUUGUGAAGCGCAUUUCAAGGCAAACUACAGCCGCUUACCGACAGGUGAAUAUUCAGUUCGCCUGCCUGUAAAGGCCAGCAUAAGUCUUCUUGGUGAUUCGUACCAGCAAGCCUUAAGACGGUUUCUUACACUUGAAAGGCGUCUAGAUCGUAAUAAGGAAGUUAAAUCGCAAUACGUAUCGUUUAUGAAAGAAUAUCUCGAACUUAAACACAUGUCGCUUGUAUCAACGCCGACGCCAUCUGUACCUACACAUUUUAUUCCGCAUCAUUGCGUGUUUAAGAACGAGAGUACAACAACAAAACUUAGAGUCGCAUUCGACGGCUCAGCAUCGACCACAACUGGUUAUUCAUUAAACGAUGCAUUAAUGGCAGGUCCUACCAUACAAGCAAAAUUAGCUGAUACACUUAUUCGUUUUCGUUAA